AAACUUUAGUCUGUAACACCGUGCCGCGUUAAGCACACGGGGGCUUAUUAGCAUUUUAAAUCAUCUUUAUUUAUUCUUUAUGCUAAUUACACAAAUACUGAAAGAAACAGUUUUAAUUAAAAAUUUGAUACUGGCUGAUUAUAAAAAAAAGUUAGUAAGUUAGAUUUUGUUUUAAUUUAGUCUGUGAAUUAACAAAAGGGUUUAGUGUUCCUUUUUUGAAUUUGUGGUACAAUUAUGAAGUGAAAGGGUAAGUGAAACGUACAAACUUUGAAACACCAAAACAGUUGGAACUGUUGAUUAGGUAAUAUUCGAAAUGUGCGAAGAUGCCACAAAAUUAAAACCAUGUCAACGGUGAAUAAUAAUCUAUGGAUAAUAAACAAAGACGCGGAUGGAUUUAAAAAAAGAAAACACGGGUUCAAAUGUCAAACAGUGGCAGUAUGGCGCUCAAAAUGGCGGGAGUUUGGUGUCGUGAUAUUAAUUUUACACGUUGGACAUGUGAAUGCUGUUGAAAGCCUGACUUCCCGCGUGUUAGCUUCCUUCCUAGGCUACCCUGCAUCUUGCACAAUUGGAAAUGACGUCAUACCAUGCACAUUAUCUAUUUCCUGUUGGCUUCGUGGAGGGAUACGGUCUAAAGGCUGCGGAGGGUGGCUGUUCUCUUGUUGUGUGGAUAAUGAACUUGAUAACAGUAUUGCGUCAUCAGAUUGGCAAUACAAGGUGCCACCGAAGCUUCGUGUUCCACAGAGAAAUGUCAUCCCUCCGAAUGUAUUUCGGCGAAGGGUUGAUGACGAAGACCAUGUAGACUGUGGUGUGCCAUCUACUAGGGUACUUCAGAAGCGUAUAAUAGGGGGUCGUGAAGCAAGACAGGCGGAAUUCCCUUGGCAGGCUCAUAUCAGAAUCUCUGAGUUUCAGUGUGGGGGUGUACUUGUGUCGCGAUGGUAUGUGGCAACUGCAGCCCAUUGUGUAUCCAGGGCUAGAGUCAGAGACAUCGCUGUGUGGCUUGGUGCUCUUGACACGAGUGCAGGUUCCCAUACAGCAAGGAGACUUGGAGUAUCACAUAAACUACUCCAUCCCCUCUUCCAAUUUCGUAUGACACAACCGGAUAGAUAUGAUAUAGCACUACUUAGACUCACAAAACCCAUUACCUACACUAGCCACAUCCUUCCGAUUUGUCUGCCUGACACCGAAAUGGAAUUGUGGGGGAAAUCGGGUGUGAUAGCUGGGUGGGGCAAAACGGAUGCCAGUAUGGGCCAUACAGGGACCAAUUUGUUGAGGUCGGCCACUGUGCCUAUAUUGAGUAUAGAUCAAUGCAUCAAAUGGCACCAGAGCAAACAGAUUUCAGUACAAAUACAUUCAGAGAUGAUCUGCGCAGGACAUUCCGAUGGACACCAAGACGCCUGUUUAGGUGAUUCAGGGGGUCCUCUUAUAGUAAAGGAAAACGGUCGCUUCUUCCUGGUUGGAAUAACUUCUGCUGGAUUCGGUUGUGGAGUCGAUCACCAACCUGGUAUAUACCACAAUGUUCUGACUACAGCAGCCUGGAUUAGAGAUGUGAUUAAUCCUACUAGUAACUAUAUAGACUUUUAAAAUAUAGUUUUAUUAAAAACGCAAUUAAGUUUUAGUCAAAUUUUGUUGAAUAUUUCUUUUAUAAGCUUUUUUUUAUUUAACUUCAGUGUGUUGUUAUUUUUAUUGGUGUACUAAAUGAGAACAAACAAUAAAAUGGUGCCGAGAAG